AUGGGAAUGGUGGUUGGAUUUUACCAGAAGGAAAGGAAUCUACCGUCCACCUGCGUUUGCCCUCUCAAUUUCCAAUCGUCCAACAAAUUCUCCAUUUACAAGGCAAGCGUUCGAGGCUCUAUGGCUACAAAUAUGGAUUGGGGGAUUGCUGAGUCAACAGAUCCCUCUUCUUCAGCUGAUAAAAUGUUAGAUGCCGGAAACUUUGAGUGCAAUAUCUGUUUCGAAUUGGCACAAGAUCCAAUCGUUACACUCUGCGGUCACCUUUAUUGUUGGCCCUGUCUUUACCAAUGGCUUCAAGUUCAUUCACAUUCCCAUGAAUGCCCGGUUUGUAAGGCUCUUGUACAGGAGGAGAAAUUAGUUCCUAUAUAUGGCAGGGGCAGAACAAGCCCUGAUCCAAGAUCACGACCUAUGCCCAUUACUAUUCCCAGUCGGCCCAUGGGGCUGAGAUCAGAAACAGUUCCACGUGUAGAUAUAAACUAUUUCCGGCACACUGAGUCAGAUCCCAUAGCAAGGUUUGGUCACUCGACACUAUCUACAUUUUUUGGUUCCCUACCAGCCUUUUUUAACUUUCAUUCGCAUGGAUUUAAUGAUGCUACUGUAUAUGGAGCCACUUCUGGAGUUCCGUAUUUGUUUUCUGGCUCGUUUCAUGGGGGUUAUGCUCAUGGUUUUCAUUAUCGUUCGUAUCAAGUUGAUGGGAAACAGCUUUUGUGGAAGAUGUUUAUUGCAAUUCUCGUUUUCGCCAUAGUUAUGCAUCUGAUCCUUUGUUGA